AGAAGGUCUUGGCCGAUUUCACAUGCCCCAGGAUGUGUAAUGGAGGAUACAACCGCUCAGCUGAUGCUGGAGAGUCAUGAGGAGCCAUGUAUGCAUCUGACCUCAUCCGACAAGUCGCCGUCUUCCUCCUGCAUCCUUUUAACUUGAAGCCCAUCGGGGACCCGGGAAACAGGCUCAAGUUCCUCCUCGACGUGUUUAUACUGUACUGUCAGGGCUGCUCGAACCGUCUCCAAAGUUUGACCGACGGCGAAUCCGAACAAUGAUCCAUAGGUUCCAUUAUUCUGAGUGGGAGUCAAUCGUAAGGUGUUUCAAGGAAGUCGGCUUGGUAGUCGUCCAAGGAUUGAUUACAGAUAAUGACCAAUUGCAGGAACUUAGGAAUGCCGCUGAUGUAGUUGUGGAGCGCACUCGGAACCAGCAAUGGCCUUACAAGCGCACCGUUGGUAAACAGUUCCCCCCCUGGAAGGAUGAAUCCCCAGACGUAUGGGGUGUUCAACACAUCAUGCAUCCCGCACUCGGACAACCGGCAUUUGCGGCGUUCUACUUCUCUGCUCCAAUGGUUGAGCUUACCGGUCAUUUGAGUGACAUGUCACCAGACGAGCACACCAUCGCUGGUCUCCAUAACCUGCUGCUCGAGCCCCUCGACCACCACUUUGCGCUUAGCUGGCAUAGGGACACCAUCAAAUCGACUGUUGAUGAGGAGGAGGAACGCCAGAAGCUAUCCUCAAAAGCUAAGUAUGGUGGCGUACAAUGGAACUUGGCCUUGUACCAAGAUGAGUGCUUAUUCGUGGUUCCUGGCUCUCACUUACGCACGCGAACGCCCAUGGAGCGCCAAAUAACUACUCAGGCCACGAAGGACGAUGGGGGGAAGAUGCCGAACGAGAUCUGUGCCGCGCUCGCGCCUGGAGAGGCCGUCUUCUACGAUCCCGAAAUCCUCCACCGAGGGACGUACGAUCCCAGGUCGAAGCGACGCACGCUCCAUGGGGCCCAUCUGGACGGCCGAGCGGACAUCAGUCGAGCCGCAGGCUUUCUCCAACAUUUCAAGCCUUGUGGGAUGUACUACGCCGAACCUGGCUUUCUUAGCACUCUGCCAGCUGAUAGCCCUUGCGGAAAGCAGAUGGUCAAGCAAGCCGUCGAUUGGGCUACUCGUGCGACCGACUUAGGUUACACUGAAUGUGUCCAAGAUGAUAUUUGAUUGGUUGGCCGUUGCUGGACAGACACAGUUCUAUCACUUGGUUGUCUGCCUUCAUGUUUGGUCGUUACUUCAUUCAUCAACCCAACUCGGUUAGCCUAGAUAGCCGCAGUGUACAUAUAACUAUUGACAAUCCCAAAAUGAUUUCUUACACAUAAGUCUCUUAUAGUGCCCUCUGACCGCAUUACAUAGAAAGUCGUAGCUCUAAGCCUCUGAUGAAUGCUCAGUGUUGUAUAGUUUAUGAUGGUUCACCAAGUCAUUCAUUGCUGGUUCCAUAUACAUGUUUAGCAUGCUUGUUACUGCUCAUCUAAUGGUUGGUAAAUGGUUUAAAAUAUGUGUUCCUGGUGUAUGUUUUGUGCUAGAAUGGAAGCAUGUGCUGUAAUAUUAUCAGUGCCAGUUGUCUUGGAUUUUUGUAAGCAUCGCUUGUACAAAGGUCUUACCAAAAUAAGAUGACA